CUGACCAGCUGUACCCCACCCUCUUCUCUAUCUUUCUCUCUCGGAUACUGACUUCGAUGUUACAGUUUUCUGUUUGCACUUUGCAUGCGCGUCUCGUUACACGGAAUACUGAGCUCUUUAGCCUCUUUCGUAAUUCCGACCCAUUGAUCCAGGAAUAUGCUUGACUUUACAGCUCAUCACAUUCGCACAAUUGUUUUAUUAUGCGAAUACCUCUGGAGAUCAUUAAAUUGCCAAUAUGACUUUUAUUGUAGUUUAUCAAACGUAAUUGUGAAUUCUUCCGUAUAAAAACACGUUGUAAUAAAAUCCCAAGGAUAAUGUGAUCAAAUGUUAUUCCGUUAAAUGCAAGCAGUCUUGACAACAAUAAUAGUAAAAGUGACGGGAAAAUUAUCGGUUUCUACUUUUAAUAUCCUGUUUAUGAUGUCCCAUCCGGUCGAUUCGAUAUAAAUAGAGAAGAAAAAAACAAAAAAUAGGAAAAUCAUAAAUUGAAUUUAUUAAAUUAAAACCCAGUGGGGUGCAACAAGAUUUACAUCGAAGUGUGAUAACUGGAGCGUGGAAAGCGCGCAGCAUGUUUGUCAAAGAUAAUGUGUUGCGCUCUCGCAUUAAAUAAAUCAAAUUAAACCAUAAAAAUCAUUAAGGACGACAACCUCUCGACGAGCAACGCAAAAAACACCAAACUCGAUUUUACGUGCUCGACCUUCCGCGCGAAGAAAGCCCAUGAUUGCGAGUGAGUGUGGCGAGUGAGUUCGCAAUUCGAGCAAAAAGAGGAAAAAUGGAGAAAACGAGAAGCGUCGUCCUUGGUGGUCGAUGAUAGAGGAAGAAAGGACUCGUCGACUUCUCGAGUGGUCAAGAAAGCGGCGUGGACCUCGCAGUGGACAGCGGACAAACCUGUGACACGAGGUCAGACGCUCCUUUCUUUGUAGCAAGCAGGAUUCUUUCACUCGACUUCGCGAACUAAUGAUAAAAUUUCCAAAUCUUUCAAAAACAAACAGAACACUCAUUUCAGCAUUCGUUACUUUAUUUGAUUCUAAUAAUUAGCUAGAAAAGCAAAUACAUCUAUCUGACAGUUUAUCUCGGGUAAACGAGAAGCUGUAAACCGUUAGAAUUUUUCUUGUAUUUAACUAUCAAAAUAAUCUUUACGUAUGUACGUGGAUGUAGGCGUAUCGAGAUAAAUUAUUGAUUUUAUUUCGUCCGUUAUAACGCAACGAUGUGACGUGACGUAAUGACGGGAGUAUGACAAUCCUUACAACCACUUUGUAAUAAUUAUUGCACUCCCGAAGAAAUCUUCGCGGUUGUGUCGCAAAGAUGACGUAUCGCUAUUUUCUUCAAAUGUCACUCGUUGACAAGCGUGUAGCAUGCAAAUUCAGCGUGUUUAAUAUCACGCGUUAACGCGGCGUUUUAAUCGCGCGCGCGCGAGAGAUCCGGUUACCCCCUUCGGUAUCGACACAAUCCACUUGAUCUGCCCGACCCUGAAGAUAAUUUAUUGAAAACCCGAUGACGGCCGCGACGGCCGAUGCUGUCUCCGUGUGCGAGGAUUACGAAAGAUCCGUACGACGGAGGAAAACCUGCAGCUUCCUACAUUUCACUCGCGGAUUCGCCGCGGUGUCGCGACGCACGCGGAAUCAUUAUCGCUCGGGACAUCCCCGGAGGCAUGCGUGUCGCCUACGUCUAUUCCCGGGAUCCUUUGUCAAGAUAUUAACUUGUCCGACGUUCCACUUUCACUCGUCCGCUCCUCUGAUUGAUCUCCCAUACGUAUCCUUCGUGGUGUGUGCACGCUUCGUGGUGUUUCAGGUCAGUGACAGAUGACGAAGGGACCGCGUAGGAUACGGGACACCCUGAAGGCGUGCCAAUAUGCGGGAGAAACGAUGGCUGCUGCUGCUCGCUCUGUAUGGAAUACUAUUGGCCCACGCAGUCUCCGCAGCACUCAAGGCCAGGCCGAAAUUUAAGAUUGCGACAACUUCCACGACGACGACAACGACCACCACGACCGAGGAGCCUAACGUGGAAGAAAAUGAUCAGGCAAAUUCAGAGAUGACGACGGUCGCGUCCGAGACCAACGGAACGACCGGGCACACUCUGACGGGAAUUCCACAGAUCGAUUACAUAUGGGAUCCAAAUUUACCGCGCGAGUUAAACGGAUAUAAUCUCAGUGAUUAUCCAUUUUAUAAUAGUAUACCCGAGGAUAUCGAUUUCAAAUGCGACGGCUUACAUGACGGAUUCUACGCCAGCGUGCCGCACAAGUGUCAGGUCUACCAUCAUUGUCUCUUCGGCACCCGGUAUGACUUCCUGUGCGCCAAUUUCACGGCGUUCGACCAGAAGACCUUCAUCUGCCACUUCGUGUCCGAGGUCGACUGCGCCAACUCCAAGAGGUAUUGGCACAGAAACGACGCCCUUUACCAAGCUGCCACGACCACGACGACAACAACGACUACCGUGGCGCCGGUCACCGUGCCGACCAGUCGAGCACCUGCACGUGAUCGGAUUUCGCCCAGGAGGAGACCUCCGGCGAGAAGAAGACCCUACGAUUACUACGAGGAAGAUUAUUACGACGAUGAGUACGGCCGCCCGCGAGACUUUGUCGGCCGAGAUGACUACGAGUACGAUGAUAGGAAGUACAGGCGGGACCGAGAUCGCGAGUUCAGGGAUCGGGAUCGCGAUCGUGACUUCCGCGAUAGAGAUCCGCCGGCGCGCGAUAGAGACAGAUAUCCGGCGAGAGGAAAUCGAAGAGAGCCACCCAGAUCGAGAGACCCGCUGGAGGAUGACUUGAGACCCCGGGGAAGGAAUCCGGAUCAAGGUAUCAGAUCUACCUCGAGGGAGGUAGACGAUUCAGAUGUGUACGACAGACGUCCGGAGUCGAGAAACAGGGAUACCGAUGAACGGAGAUAUUCCGAUAAGAGAUAUAGAGAUGAUUACGACGAUAAGGAGGCCGCAGCACCUUCGGCGAGUGCGUCGUCCAAUACGGAAGGGCUGGUGAAGCCGGCUGCACCCAGCAGUUCGGUUUACUCGAGGCCGAGAGCGCCGCCGAAGAUUAGGCGACCGGUACCGCUUUCGGAGCAAGACAAAUACGCGUACAAAACCACCCCCGUGCAGCCAACAGAGGAGCCACGGCGGCGACCGGCAGAUUUAGCGGAGGACGAUUACUACGAUGACGAGUUAGAGGACGUCAGACCAAGCAGAAGGCCACUCAGAAGGAGACCCUCGUACAGGGAUAGAGACAGGGACAGAGACUUCUACGAAGUUCGGGACCGGGAUCGUCCGCUCAGAACUCGUUAUCACUCACCGCCAGAAGAGGUACGACUCAGAACGCAUCAGGAUCGUCCGAGAGAUCGUUACUACGAUCGAGACAGGGACCGUAAUAGGGAUCGAGCUCUCGAUCGUGGAAAAGAUCGCGAUUCGCGAGGAAGAUCGCCAGAUUCCGACAGACAAGAGCGACCGUAUUCGCCCAGGGUUCUCGAUCGCGAGAGAGACGCCGAACGAUCACGAUCCUCCUCGAGGUCGAAGGAUCCAUUGGACGUCACUGAAGGAUCAAGAAGACCCAACUCGUAUGAUCGAACAACUGAGAAAACUACCACCACCACCACCACAACUACAACUACAACGACUUGCUUACCAGAACAGCUCAUCCGUAAGCCUGAGGAAGACUCUAAAGAUACGGUAACUGACCGAUCGGAAAAGCCAUCUUACCCGGAACGACCAGCCAGACCUACUCAGACUCAAAGUGGUCGCGUAGUGAGUGAUACUCAAGAUUAUCACGGAAAUUUAUCCGAGAAAUCUCAGAGAACGUCUCAGCAAGUGGAUUAUCAAGAUAGAGACUUGGAAGGUAGAAACGAACAGAGUCAUCAUCAGGUCGCGUACCCAGACGAGUACUCUUCCGAAUAUUACGACGAGCCACUGGAAGAACCACCGUCUCCUCCACCCCCUCGUACCACUGUUCGAAUCGUAAAGAGGCCUUUCCUACCGUCUCGAGGCGGUAAUCCUAAUCCAAGGGGAUUAUCCCCGGUCGGCUCUAAAGCAUCGCAUUCGUCCAGAAAAGAUGAAGAAACAACAACCGAUCACCGAAGCACUUUAGAAAAUGAAUACAGAGGUUAUUACAUACAAGAGGAACAACAAGACAACAGAAACGUUAACCAUCAGGAGCCACCCCUGAGAUCAGAUAAUAAACAGACCUAUGACGCUUAUAAAGCCAUCCAGAACGAUCUUCAGAAGAAACAACGCCAAGACGAGUAUGAUAGCGUGAUAUCUAGACCAGCGUUGCGAAAACCGAUAGAGAAAAACAAUGAGGAGGAAGUCGCAAGAGGCCAGGAAGAUCUAUCGAAUUCCUCUAGAGGACACUCCACUCAAAAUCAAUCGUACGAUUUGCGUAACCAUCAAAACGAAAAUCUGACACCAAAGUGGAUAGAGAAUUAUUCGAGCGAAAAGCACGCAAAUAUCGGUAAUGUACAGACAUCUUCAGGUUCUCCAAUCCGCAGCAAGGUGAGACUUCCUUCUAUCGAGACCACGCCGAACGUCUACAGCUCGACGUACAGGAACGAAGACUUUCAAGAUCAACCGUCGGGACCGGGCAGUUACAGGGCAAAGCAAAGGAUCAACGAAGUGACGCAUCGCCUUCAAGAUAUCCCCGAGAGUGAAUACGACGUUACUCUGAAUGACGCUCUAACGCCGACUUUGGUUCAGGAAGCCAAUUUGCCGAGCGGAUUUGUCCUACCUCUUCACAGACAGCUGGGUAGAGACACUGUGCUACAGCCCUCCGAGAAUAACUAUAAGCUCUCCAGGCCAAUCAAUCAGCAACAUCAGCAGCAGCAACAGCAACAACAGCAGCACCAUCAGCAUCAACAAAAAACGUUCGUUCCGAGUCCUCCGUUCCUGCCGACGAGCAUCAACAAUAACGAUCGGAGUCGAACGAUAUACUACAGGACGCCGGAGGCUAUACAGGUCAGCGGAGCGCAAUACAGACAGCAGAGACCAUGGCAAGAUUACACGGCGUACUAACGGGAUAACACAUCGUAAUGUACCGAUUACGAGUGUUUAACGGGGAAGCGUUUGAAGUUUCACGAGGCUCACAUCUUGCCUCACGAGCGCUAAACGAUUAAUUUAUACUGCCACCGAUCGACUUAGGAAAGGCACUUUCAUGGAAGAGAAACACUGCGUUCUUUUAUGAAACUGGCUUUCCGCGAAUGGACCUAUCGCGUUCGAUCCUUAGCCCUGUUGCAAUCAGAUGAUCAGUGUCUUUCAUUCCAAAGAACGCGCCACGCACUCGUCGCGCCGCUCUGAGGGUAGAAAAUAAUUUGCGGACGAUUCAGUUAGGUAUUAAUAGCUCGCGUGAUUUCGAGACGAUAUAAAUUAUUGAAAAUUAAACAAUUCGAGAAGAAACGGGAGAUUAUUAUCAAUCGUGAAAUGACGCUACGCCACACCUUUAGAGAAAAGAAAUCCUAAUGCAAUAGUUAAAUACAAAAGACAUUGAUGAGAUAUUAAUCAUCCUGAUGGUCAUCGAUACUCAUUAUUAUUCACGCGUACUGCGAUAAAAAGCAAAGGCAGGAUUAAUGUUCAACGAUAACACCAAUUAUAGAUAAUUCGUUCUAAGAUCUUCGCUAGUAAAAUUCUGAUUAAUAAGAUUCAUUUAAAAUCACGUAGCGCUACACAAAUAGUGUAGCGCGUGUCGAUAAACUCGUUUCCUCUGAACGUGAUACAAUAACACAAAACUUAAAAUAACGUGAUACAUUCUAAUAACAAUUUAACUUACGAUAUUAAUACAUGUCAUUCACAUUAAUCGAAAUCGUCAUUAAAGUUUCAGAGGUGCUGCAAAAGAUAUCUCCAUUUGUCUUAAAUAAGCAAAUAAGCAACUUGUAAAUAAUCAUGUAACUCUAUAUCUUAAACACAUUCGUUCAAUGAAAUUGCGAUUCAAAAUAUGUUGGCUCUCUAUAAAAAAAAAUCUAUAUACAUUAAGUUUUAUCGUCGAAUUCGAUAGCUAUUACGAGCGGAUAAGUCUUCCUGAGCGUAUAUCUUGUCUUAAAGCUAUGUCGAUAUUUACGUAUGAUAUAAAAGAGUGAGAAAAUAUA